AUGGAUAGCUCGCUGCAGGUCGAUAGGCACCAAGGCGUGCAGAGUCCGAAACAUUCAUACCAGCAUGAGACUAGUUCACAUAUUGAGGUACCUGGGAGGCCAGAGCAUUAUUCCGCGCGCUCUCCAGGAGUACGGCCCGUAUCCCUAGAGCCGAGUUCAAGGGCGCAUUUGAACGCGAAUGGAGCUUCUGCAGCCUAUGAAAAGUGGCCCCACGAAUCUCCAGAGAUGCCUCAAACAUUCUCGUUGUCCCAGGAUGGCUCGCGCUUAGGGCACGAUAUUGAAACGACGCCGGUGGGCGGUGGCCAAGGUGUAAGUGACGAGAGCGAUAUAGUACGGCUAGAAGCUUCAAGCUAUACGAGGCCCUCCACAAAUCCACCCAGUGUUCCAAAUGCGUCGAGACUUGAUGCCAUUGGGCGGCGCCGCUCUCAUAGCAUAGGCUCUGGACCGCGCGGCUCUAGAAUUGCUGCAUUAUCUGUCCAGUUGCGUACGCGCUUAUCCCAUGCGGCCGCCAAAAUUGAGAAAAAGCGGCGUCCGCAUUCAAUUCAAUACCAGCCACCGAUAGGUCUGCUGCAGAAAAAUAGCUCGACACCCAUCCUCAGCUUGGAGACGUUGUCUCAAACGGGGCAUCCGCUUUCGAUACAUGAUAUUGAUGGUCAGCGUUCGGUUGAAAAUGGCUCACCCAGCGGAACCACUGUUUCCGCACCGGAUGCUCCAGGAACAUCUAGUCCUCAUCCUCUUGAAACUCAUAUGGGACCAUCCCUAGUAAGGGUAACGAGUGGUCUAUAUCCACAACCGCAGCCAGAUCCCCAGAAACACAUCGGGCGUGCAUCAUCAGAGCGGCCGGCUCCUCCAAUACUGGCGCCACCAGCAGACAUUGGUCCUGGACGUGGAAGCGGCCAGCGUCGUCGUCCAAACCCAAAUAUUCCGGGUAACUCCUCACGCUACACACCAUUUCCCUUACACAGACGCUAUCAUUCGCAGCAAGACUUCCAAAUGGAUUCAGAAGUUGACCGAGUUCCUGAGACACCGCCCCUUCGACCUUCAACUCUGAACAAUAUAGCCCCUUACAACGGAUUUUCUGAUAACUCGCAAAGCUCUUCAAUGGAGCAAGAUGCUAUUGAGACUCUUCUUUUCAUGUCCAGCCCUGGUACUUCAGGGUAUCACUCCAACUCUCAAAACUCACAGCCCCACCAGGACGUUAGGAAUGUUGACAGUAGCACCUCACAAGGUGCACAAUGGCACGGAAACCUUGAUGACAAUCAAUCGAGAAACAGGCAGCCUGACCGUCUUUGUAAUAUUGAAACCCAGGCUGGGGAUGAGAUUGAUUUAAUCCUCGACCAAAUGCACAGUGAUAGUGAUGACGACGCCAAUUAUGUCUCGAACCGCUCAACUCGUGUUGACACCAACUCCCGGGAAACUGAAGCGGAAGGGCACAAGUUUCGGUAUCGAACAUAG